AUGGGCUGCUCCGGAGGUUCAGGAGGCUGCGCGCCCGGCUGCGGGGGCUGCGGUGGCUAUGGAGGCUGCGGAGGAGGCUGUGGAUCUGGGGGCUGCGUGCCCAUGUACUGCACGACCUGCUGUGUGCCAGUGUGCUGCAGCUCCGGUGGCAGCGGCUCCUGUGGAGGCUCCAAAGGAGGCUGUGGUGCAUGUGGAGGCUGUGGUUCCUGUGGAGGCUGUGGCUCCUGUGGAGGCACUAAAGGAGGCUGUGGAUCCUGUGGAGGCUGUGGCUCCUGCGGAGGCACUAAAGGAGGCUGUGGAUCCUGUGGAGGCUGUGGCUCCUGCGGAGGCGCUAAAGGAAGCUGUGGAUCCUGUGGAGGCUGUGGCUCCUGUGGAGGUGCUAAAGGAGGCUGUGGAUCCUGUGGAGGCUGUGGCUCCUGCGGAGGCGCUAAAGGAGGCUGUGGAUCCUGUGGAGGCUGUGGCUCCUGCGGAGGCGCUAAAGGAGGCUGUGGAUCCUGUGGAGGCUGUGGCUCCUGUGGAGGUGCUAAAGGAGGCUGUGGAUCCUGUGGAGGCUGUGGAUCCUGUGGAGGCUGUGGCUCCUGCGGAGGUGCUAAAGGAGGCUGUGGAUCCUGUGGAGGCUGUGGCUCCUGCGGAGGUGCUAAAGGAGGCUGUGGAUCCUGUGGAGGCUGUGGAACCUGUGGAGGCUGUGGCUCCUGCGGAGGCGCUAAAGGAGGCUGUGGAUCCGGUGGAAGCUGUGGCUCCUGCUGUGGAUCCUGUGGAGGCUGUGGCUCCUGUGGAGGCGCUAAAGGAGGCUGUGGCUCCUGCGGAGGCGCUAAAGGAGGCUGUGGCUCUUGUGGAGGUGGUAAAGGAGGCUGUGGAUCCUGUGGAGGUUGUGGUUCGUGCGGAGGUGGCAAAGGAGGCUGUGGUUCCUGUUACCAAUCCAGCUGCUGUGUGCCCCCCUACUGCUCCCAGACCAGCUGCUGUGUGCCCUGCUGUGUGCCCCCCUGCUGCCAGACCAGCUGCGGCAUGCCCUGCUGUGCCCAGACCAGCUGCUGUAAGCCCCCCUGCUGCCAGACCGGCUGCUGUGUGCCCUGCUGCGCGCCCCCCUGCUGUGCCCAGGCCAGCUGCUGUAAGCCCCCCUGCUGUGCCCAGGCCAGCUGCUGUCACCCCCUUUGCUGCCAGUGUAAGAUCUAAUGCCGUUCACCGGGGACCCUUCCAGGACAUCACCCGGUUCCCGAUUGCAGAGAUCACCGAUGGAUCAAUCGCUCAAUCUUUCCCGAAUUUCUGAAACUGAGCCCCCUCCCAGACAUCGUUCUGUACGUGGCCGAAGAAAGCAGGACUCGGGCCCAGGCAGACAAACCCCGGCGGAUGGAGUCUCCCUCUAAAACCUUCAAAUAAAGACCACCCCCUCUCCCCAAACUUGCA